UUCAAGAAGAUGAGUCUAUCCAAGAAGAAUAUGGAUGCGGCGGAGGAGAGUGGGUGGACGGAUUAUUUGCAGGAUUUCUCAGUGGGAAACCAAAGGGAUACUAAUGGUGGAGAUUAUUAUGAUGAUGAUAGCUUUAAUGGUGGAGCUUCUUUGCUGUCUGAUGCUGCUUCUCACCCUGCAUGGAAACAUAUUAAUAAGAACCCAUCAUCAUCACCAUGCCCUUAUUCUUCACUGCCUGGCUCUCAGGCUCUCAACAGACUAAAUUUCAAGAAAGCAGUAGUAAGACCCAACACCAAACUCUCUGAUCCUGAUUUGGAAGACACUGCCAGCUCUCCUGUCAACAGUCCAAAGGUUAGUAGUCUCAAGCAGAUGGAGAACAAUUACAGGAGACAAGAAAUCAAUUCUGGGAAUUAUGUGGGAAAGGGAGCUGACUUUCAAGAUUACCCAGAAAUGCAGGGAGAGGGAAGAAGAAACAUAAAUUUUGCUGCAAAGAGUGAUGAGGACAAUAUAGACUUGAAGAAAAGAGGGUUAUGUGUAAUGUCCUUGUUUAUGAAUUAUAGUAAUAAUAAUAAUAAUUGAUAUUUAUUAUUUAUACAAAAUAUUUUCUUUCCUCCACUAAAAAUGUAAAUUAUUUCAAGAACUACUAUUUUCCAAUGAGUAGUUUCUUUGACCAGCUGGUUA